AGUAAGUGGACGAAUAUCUGUCAAAUGUUAAAUUAAUAAAUUAAAAUAUUAAUAAUUAAUUUUUCAAUUUCUUCUUCUUCUUCUUCUUUAUUUCUCUCUCUCUCUCAUUCAGUUUCUUUAUUUCUCUUUCCUUCUCUCUUUCAAUUUCUUCUUCUUCUUUCUCUCUCUUUAAAUUUCUGAAAUAACGGUAAUAUUAGAUGGCAACACUUUUAAAAGCUUCGCCAUCUAACAGCAAAAAUUUUCCCUAAAUUUCGGGCCAAUCUCUCUCAAAAACUUUACAGCACUGCUCAUAUUAUAUACAAAACCGUUCUGAAGAAAUCAAAGUGAUCUGAAUUGUCGUUUUUUAGUUCUCGUCCCUAGAAAAUUAGGUUUCUUGAAGUAAAGUCUUCGCUUCGCUCAGACAAAAAUUGGAGGAUAAGCAAUUAUUUCCUCGAUAUUGAACAAUCAAAGAGAAAGCCUUUUAUUAAUAAAACAGAUGAACGAGUUACUCAGAUCCAUGACAAAUACAAUACAAUGUAAUACGGAAACCACAACAGUAGUAACAAUUACUAGAUGGAAAGUGAUUCAUUGAUUAUUUAUUAUUAUUUUAAUUCAUCUAAAGAAAAGAAAUGGAAAGAACCAAAAAGUUGAAAUCUCAUCAAGGAAACUAAAAAUAAUUGGUUUUAAUUGAACGAUCUCUUUCAUCUUAAUCCAAGCAGAUUAACUUUAUCCCUUCAAUAUGUUAUUAAUAUCUGAUUAGAAUGGUGUUAAAAGAUGAGGGGAAAAUUUAUGGAAAGAUUAAAAUUAACAAUUAAAUUAAUCGCUUGAUUAUUCAAACGUAUUGACAAGAGUUGAUACUAUGAACGUUUCAAGAUGUAACUUUUGAUUACAAAUGUCUUUCAGUUAAUCAUUUACAAUUUGCACUUGAUUCUAUCAACAUUAAAAAUCAGUUCAAUUGAUUAAAUUUUCUUUCGAGUGUGUGAAUAUUUUAAUUACCAAAUGAUAUCUGCUCGUUGGUCGUGUUGGAAUCACACUCAACUUUUAAUAUCAAGUUUCCUUUGCCUUGGAUUAUUAAUCAUCAAUGUCACAAUUAACGAUGGACUCUCAAGUUUGGUUGAGGCAAAUUCUGAUCUAAUGGUCAGUGCUUCGGGUUGGGGACAAUCAAUAGUUCCCAGCAGUUCACCGACAUGUCACUGUCCCCCAAGGCCAGUUAAAUAUGUCGCUAUUGAGAUACCAAAGAUAAUUAAAGUCCCAGCACCCGCUCCGCCUGCAAUGAUGAUGCCUCCGAUCUCAAGUCCCCCCAAACAAACAAUAAUCCCAAUCACGAUUCCACUAUUAACUCAUGUUCCCGCUUCGGCUCCAGCUCCAAGUCCAAUGGUUCCUCCGUCUUCACUUCCUCCAUCAUCUGAUACUUGGUCAAUAUCAUCAAACCCUUGGAGUAAUUAAUCCCCAUUCUCAACAGUAACAAUUCAAAUCAUCGUAUUGAUUAAUUUUUUAAUUGCAGUCAAUGUUUACCUCAUUUAAAGUGUUUAUUUAUUACCCGAAAUUAAUUC